GCCGAGCUGGCAUCCGCACGCCGAGCUGGUACCCGUGAGUUGUGAAGUCUCCACCGCCGACCCAGCGCGUACAACCUGCCGAGCUGAUACGUGUCACGUGCAGAUUUGCCCCACUACAGGAGACAAUCUUCUCUUCAUUUUUUGAAUUUUUUGAGUCCAAGAAGUUUUACUAGAUCGAGAUGUUUUCAACUCAACUUCUACGUUUCAGGAAAUUGUCUCAAAACCUUUUUAAAGAAAAAGAAAGAAAAAAAAAAAAGAGUUCACUGUUUCUAUUUUGGUAAUGGUGGUAUUGAAUGGUGGGUAUACUUGUAAUACGACUAUAUUUCCCAACUGUCAACUAAUUUUGGAGCCAAACUAUCCACAAAAUAAAACGUAAAUAUUUUCCCACCAAAAAAAAUAGAAAAGAGACAAACAAAAAGUCCGCACAGAUUCACAAAGAUUUCAAUAAUUCUUCAGCUCUUCACUUCCUUCACGCCUUCAACCAUCUGAAACUAUUUAAUCAAAUAAAAAAAGAAGAAAAAAAAAAGGAAAAAGCAGAGUUCAGAAGCCCUAAUUUGCCAAUUGAGCCUUGUUUGAAGCAAUUCAAGUGAUCUGCAUCAGUUUUCUGUUAGAGAAACGGGAAAAAUGAGUAAUUUGAGAGCAAUUUGUAGGCCGUACGCAGUGUUCUCUUGUUGCCGAUCAGUGGUUAGGGUUAGGGUUUCAAUUGGGAGCCCUUUUAAUUUGGGGUCUCCAUCAUUAUCACCGAAAUCUUCUGUUUCCGUAUUUUUAUCUCCUCCGCCGUUGUUAGGGUUGGAUUCUGCCAUAAAAAUGGAACCUUGGGCCACCAGAUGGAGAUUGAAUCAGCAGAGAAGAAUGGGGGUUAAGGCUUCCUCAAAUUGGACAGACUCUAAAUCUCCCUAUGACACCCUAGAAAAUGGGCAUUUGUUUGAUUAGAGAGGAAGAUGAGUUGGAAAGAGAUGCAGAUGAGGAGCAAAUAAAGGUAGCAUACAGACGUUUAGCAAAGUUCUAUCAUCCGGAUGUUUAUGAUGGUAAAGGGACUCUUGAGGAAGGGGAAACAGCUGAAGCUCGAUUUAUCAAGAUUCAGGCUGCAUACGAGUUGCUUAUAGAUCAGGAGAAGCGAAGGCAGUAUGACAAUGAUAAUCGUGUUAAUCCAAUGAAGGCAUCUCAAGCAUGGAUGGAGUGGAUCAUGAAAAAACGAAAAGCAUUUGAUCAGCGGGGUGACAUGGCAAUUGCAGCCUGGGCUGAACAGCAGCACCGUGAAUUAAAUCUCCGUGCACGGCGUCUUGCCCGAUCAAAGAUUGAUCCUGAAGAAGAAAGGAAAAUACUCGCUAAAGAGAAGAAGGCAUCUUUGGAGAAUUUCAAUAAUACUCUGAGGCGUCAUACACUGGUAUUAAAGAAGAGAGAUUUAAUGCGAAAAAAAGCCGAAGAAGAGAAGAAAAAAGCCAUCAGCAGGCUUUUGGCUGCUGAAGGCCUAGAGCUUGAAAAAGAUGAGAAUGAAGAUUUGUAAAGGUUGAUCCUUGUGUCUGAAUUCUGGUACUUAAAACCAUACAAUGUUAUCAGAGGGCUUUUCAGGCAAAGAAAUCUGUUGUAUUGUAUAUAAAGAAAAGGACAUUGUACAUACGGAUUUUCGGUUGAUAUAAAGAAGAUUAGUGAAUACAGCACCCUUGAGAUUGUUUCAA